CCGAAGCCUGCACACGCAACAACAAAAAAACGCAGCCUCACGGAAGCCCUCGGAAACAGCCAAGCGCCGUGAUUCUGCAACACGGAACCUGGGCAAUCCGUCCGUCCACAUGAUCGACGCGACAGCAUUCGUGGUAUCGAUCAGUCCACAGUAAACUUGGCUGAUUCCACGCGUGGUAGUGGCCGAAUAAAGCAAACCCAAAGACGCGUCGGGGACUGCAGCAGUGCGUGAAGGAGAGUAGCGGGGAGGGACGCGCAGAGAGACAUUCCAGCGAGCCGCGCCCGGCUGCAACCCGCAGCGCAACGGACAAAGGUGGGAACCAACAAAACAAUCAUCACCACAACCACCACAAAUCUACCAGCACAAGUACUGUAAAACAACUAACAACCACCACCACAAAUCUACCAGCACAAGUGCUGUCCACUAAAUAACAACCACUAUCCACCAGCACAAGUACUGUACGAGAAGACUAACCACCGCCACCAACAACAACAACCAUCCACUCAAUCUGAAAUCGACCAUCCACACAACAACAACAGCCGACAACGACGCAUCGUCGGCAAUGGCUCAGUCACCGAGCGGCCCCACCAGCGGCCAACAACAACAGCAACAGCAGCAACAGCAGCAAGCGGCCACCACCAGCAGCACCAGCAAGGCGAGCCGCCUCUCCGUGGACCGAGUCUACGCACGAAGCGUCCCGGGCGCGCUGCGCGCCGCUCAGCUCCUGGCCAGCACCGCGGCGUGGCUCUGCGUGGCGUGCACGCGAUACCGCGGCGCGUUGCAUUUCGUCGUGUUCGCCGCCGUCACCUCGUGGCUGCUCACGCUCGCCGCCUACGCGACAGCCCUACUGGGGCUGGGAUUAGCGCGCAAGCGACAGGAUCGAGGAGGUGGCGGUGGAGGAGUUGGAGGUGGCCAUCGGCUCGGUUGGCUGGCGUGCAACGCGUGCGGGGACUGCGGGUGCGCUCUGCUCUGCGUCGCCGCGUGCGCCGUCGCUGCGCACGCGGCGCGCGCGCACUCCUUUUGUGACGUCACGGGCUACCGAUCCAGCUGCCCGCAUCGCGCGUACGUGGCAGCAUCGGUCCUCUGCGGCCUCUGCGCGCUCCUCUACGCCACCUCUGCGCUCCUGCACGGACUCAAGUGGCGGCGGCUGCGGCAGGAGGAGCGGCAGGGCAGCGAGCGGCCGGCUGCCCUCGCUUGAAUCACGUGGCAGACGUUUGAUGUCGUCUUUCAGUCUGCCGCACCCUGUCUGUUUAUGCCCAACGUCCUAGUGUUCGUCCCACUAUCGUUGUUGACUCCUUGUUUGGUUUUCUCACCCUGCUCACGUCCGCCCCACCGUCUCUGUGUUUCUUUUGUUCUUCCCGACAUUCCUCUGUCCAUCAUGCGAACUCUGUCCGUCCCCCACAAUCCUCUACGUUCCUCUGGACCCUCUUUCGUCUUCCCACAAUCCCUUUGUCGGUUCAUCUCUCGUCGUGUCAAUCCCUCCUGCUGAUGCCAGCUCCCCUGUACUGUUACAAACUGAUUGGCUGGCAUGGCAUGGGUCUUGAUUGACUGCCUCUGAUGUUACAUUUCAUAGGUCAUAGUGCCUGUAUCAGUAUUGUUUGUUUAACUGCUCAAUCCUUUAUUCAAAGUGUCAACUGCCUCUUUCUGGCAACUUGAUGUAUUUGUUUAGGUGGAGCCAAGACUUGGGGUGUGUCAUAUGUGGCUUUUCCAGAAAUGUACAUAUAUGUUGAGAUGAGCUUUUAGAGUCAUCUUUGUGUAACCACCUAUGUGUUGUCCAUGGCUGGGUCAUGUAGCAUGGAUGCCUAACCACAGGAUGCCCAAGCAGGUUCUGUUUGGCCGGAUAGAGUAGGAUAAACGGGCAUGACACGGGCUGGAAAAGAGACGUACUGAUGCGGUACGGGAGGAUGUGGAGCUAAGUGGACUUGCCAAAGACUGGUACCAGCGGUGUCAAGAUCGGCCUCUAUGCAGGAGGCUCGUGAAGGACGCUACUGGUCAGUUGGAGACAGUCACCCUCCAGCAACAACGGAGGGCAGAGGAGUGACGCUCACAACAACGAGCGGAGCGCCGGGCGGAUAAAAUUAAGCAAGUUGGCAAAGUAGGGGGCACAGUUGGUGCAUCUGCCAGUCGUCUCAGUCAGCCCAUGGCACCUGGGUCUGUCUCGUGACCUGUCCGCGAGCCUUCGACACUUCACGUGGCCUCAAAGUGCACCUGACCUGGCACAGGUGCCGUGGUGGCGGGUAUUGGUAUAUAUUGGUAUUGGUUCAUAAGAGCAGGGAGUGACUACAGAUUUGGUGGUGACUGCCUUUUAAUCAUGUAUUACAUAUUGGGCUAUAGGAAGUCACAAGAGAUUAAGAAUUCCAUGUCCUAGAGAAGGGAAAGAUGGCACCCUCAUCAACAGUCUCAUAGCGAGAAAUGAAAGUGAGUGACCACAGACGUAGUGGCAAUGACUAUUUCAACCAUACGUGGAACUUGUAAAAGAGCCAUAUGAGGAUUACAGCCAUAUGAGGCCUACCACUUCCAAAUAGCCCGUAAUGACACCUAUCACUACAAGCAUCUUAGCUGCACUAAUCGGGUGCAAGAGGGAAGUUUCUUUCAACCAUUUCUGAUUUCAGCAUGCUCAGUCACUUCUGUUAUCUCAAGGGACUUUUUCAAUGACAACAUUUGGGUGUGGGUUAAUGUUUGGCCUACCAGAUGUGUCUGGAAGUCUGAGAUUUGACCCUCAGUAUUUAUAAAUAACUAUAAUAGUCUGAAUACAAUAUAGGCAACUGGCCGAAUAAAUUUUGUUCUGACUGGAGCAGUAAAUAACUGUUACAUUAACAAUGAUGCCAAAUAAAAUACCACAAUAAAAUUCUAGCAAUUCACUUACCAACACACCAAGUGAACCAAAUCAGAAUAGACCACGGUCAGGUUAGGGUCUUUCUAAACGACUCACGUAAUGACACGAGGUCCCCAGUUAUAGCUCCAGUAAUUGCCUCUGCAUUUUGGUUAAAGACUACAUUUUUACGUGUAACAAACUUUUUUACAAAUGUUAUCCAUAAACUGGCAUGCUUUGACCCCACACCUAUUUGGCUGUUGUCUGGCCAACCGAAAGUUAUGCAAUAAUCUGAACCACAAGUCCUGUACGCGAUGUGCAGACAGAAUACUACGAAUCUGCAGAUCAGAUAGUGAUUUCUGACAUUUGCUCACGAGACAACUUUAUUUGAUUGGCUAUGUCGGGUAGUGGAGGCUUAUAGUGAAAAAUUGGUAUUAUAAAUACACGAUCUAACCAUAAAAAUGUUUUAUUAAUCAUUGGUCGUGAAAGGCUACGUAUAAAAAUAAGCUGUUUUGUUGAACGUAUUUAUAUCAUUUCGUAGUGAGAAUGAUAGCAUGCUAAGGUUGCUCAUGUAGUGUUAAGUAUUCAAAUAGCCACGCUUGCAUCGUCAUAGCUUGUGAAACGAACACGGUAUCGCAGAAUACAGGAGCCUUCCAUGAGGAGUGAAUGUACCAUUCCAAUCGGUAUGUUUACUAAGUAUACUGCUGUGAACUCUUGUCAAAUGCAAUGCACUGUUUAUACGUAUAACGAUGGUACAGCAUAAUUCACAUUUGAGUUAUGCAUCAUUAUUCCAUGUGCAUAAGCCAACUCUAGUCAAAGUGUGGGAUACAUUUACAGUUUUUUUUAUUACAUUGAUUACAUUGAUAAUGAUUACAUUGAUGCCUUCUAAAGCACUACCAUCAAUAACUGGCUUAUGAGAUUGCGCUGCCUCCAACAACAUGAAUGUUAGUGGUAUAUAUAAAUAGCCAUUGUUAAUCCACUGCUGGAUGACGGCUUGCCCACACUUUGUCAAUCAUAGGGAUUGUUGACUAUACUUCACCACGCUGGUCGGCGCAGGUUGGUGAAGUGUUAGAGGACAGGAGCAGGUUGGAUAUCGCUCGCCACUAAUGUUAGCCGUGGCAGGGAAAUAAACUCUGGUUGCUGGGUUCAUAGCACAUUGCACUAACCACCGAACCCCUAGUGGUGUACACAUUUUAGGAAUGUGCUCAUGAGCAUAUUCAAUUAAUAAUGAACCAAGUACAUAUUUUUAUAUUUGCUAUUUUUUUCAUUUAUCUCCCUCAUCGGAAUUCCAGCCUUAUCUGAAACUGACAAAAAGUGACCAAUUCCUAAACAGCCUCAGAAUUAACAGUACUGUUUUGUAUAUUUAUUACGUUUUCUACCAGCAUUGCUUUUUUUUUAUAUUAACACGAAGUUUUAUAAAUGUGUUAGCGGUGUGUGCAUGUAAAAUUACGCGGGAACAAAAUGUACCAAAUGUAUCCGUGGGCAAAGAACACAAGCUGAGACCCGUAACAUUGAGGAUAUGUGGCUCCAUGGUUUUUAGCCAAACCAAUGCAAUGAAAGAAAAAAAUCACUAGGUAAGGCCCAAUGAGCUAUAUAGCUCUUUCUCAGAAGCGACUUGGCAAUCACAAAUGAUAGCUAAAAGAAGUGGCUUAUCAUGUAGACACUUAGAGCAGCCAAAUCCUGUAAACGCGUGUUUAUAAACGUGAAGGGAAAAACCGGAGGACCCGGAUAAAAAAAAUCUACGCGACCACAGGGAGAACAUGCAAACUCCAAAUAUACAGGCGUCAGGGUCGGGAUCGAAUCCACGACCUCCUGUAUACCGGGCGAGGCAGUUAACAUCUCACCACCGUCUAACAAAGAACGUGGCGGUGGAUAUUUCGUUGGAAGUGAUGCACAAGCACAAUUAACAAAGACACGCAACACACUUGUUAACAAGACUUCCUUAAAAACAUUAAGUCUAUAGGGUGGCCCAAAAGUCAGGACACAUAGGGUUUUUUCAUUUAUUUUAACACUGGCAAUCAAACAUUGCAAUUGUUUCUUCUUUCAGUUAUUGUAUUUUGUCUAUUAUUAUCAUCAUCUAUUUUUCUUCUUCCUAUGGGGUCACUUCAAAUCCGUCGUUUACAAAAUUUACCCAAAAACCCCAGGAUUAAUUGAAACAAAAAAGAAUUGAUCAAUGUUCGAAGAUAAUCUUUUUUGUUAAGUCCGAAAUACAUUUCAAAUGAUAAUUCAUUCACGCAUUAAUGUUAACGGAAGUCAGUUUGAACAUUCGUUUAAAAAAAUAAGCCGAUAUGAUUUAUAUUCUUGGUUCUUUCGGUAAAGUCACGUAGAACGGAAAUAAUAAAAUUAUAAAAAUAAAGAAACAAUAAAAAUGAUCACGACGUUUCGACAGCAACAUCAGGUGUGAAAUCCACAGCAAGAAAAUUAAUGGAAGUCAGUUUGAAUUUUUUUUUCUUGCUGUGGAUUUCACACCUGAUGAUGAUUGCUUGUGUUGCAAUCGAAACGUCGUGAGAAUUUUUAUUUUUUUAUAUUUGUAUUAUUUUAUUAUUUCCCUUCUACGUGACUUUACCGAAAAGAACCAAGAAUAUGAAUCCCUGCAGUCACGAAAGCUUAAAAUAAAAAAUUAAAAUCCGAUAUGAUUUGUUAAAAUAAAUACAUUCACACUGUGUCCUGACAUUAGGGCCACAUACACUGUACCAAAUUACAUUCCUGCAUCACCUGCACAAUCAUUGUAUUGUACAUGUACUCCCAUCAUGUAAAUCCACUGCUGGGUGAGGGGCUCCCCAUGGCAUACAGGCUAUGGGAGCUAUUUGACCGUACGUCACCACACUGAUCACUACAGUAUAGGUUGGUAAAUGCAGGGAGCAUACAUGAGUACAGUAUAACAAUGUAUAUUUACGCACUACACCUUGGCUUCUCAGCACAUAACCCCGCUGCCUAUAGAACCUGUCAUGCAUGACCGUGUCACUACAUCUAAGCACUAUCCAGGCCAAAUCUUUGCUUAGCUUUUGAAAACUGACGAGGUUGUGGUGCAUUCUGGGAGAUUCGGUCACAGUCGUAAGUUAUUUGCACGACUGAAUAUAAAACGCGUAAUUGUUCAGUGUGGUGCAGUAAUGAACAAAUACACGGUGUACAAUCUCCGCAAGUAAAUCAUGGGAGGAGAUAUUUGUUUACAUAAAAAAAUAUAUAACUGCCAAGUUGAAACAUUUGUUGGGUUUUUUUAAAAAGUAUUCGUUGAAAUUUAACAUUUGAAAUAACAUGCCCUUUUUUGUAAUGUUCGUUAAAGGUACAUGUUUCUUUGUUAUGUUUACAUUCGCCUUUAAAAAAUAAUUGUAGAACACGAUUUCCGUAUAGGCUACGGACUGUAUCAUCAUUCCCAACGUUUGCUAAACCAAUGCAGUUUUGUACAAGGGCUAUGUAAUCUCUUACCGUUGAAACAGCUGUCAUUUUAGUGUUAAUACAAAAUAAAUCAUUACUAGACAACG